AUGGUUAUUAGCGGUAGAUUCCGCAAACCCUCUCCACCCCCUUCAGCGCCGGCUGUGGCCACGCCCGAGAAGCCACCUCCUCCCAAAUUGUCUAAGAAGGAGGAGAUUGAGCAGAAGUGGCUUUUGGCGGAGGCGAAUUACCACUCGAAGUGGCUUCCGUAUUUCCCGUGGCUUCUGCUAGUGCGUGCCAAAGAUGGGCAUCCCUCGCUCAACUGCUGCAUCUGCCGUGCCUUUGGCAAGGAAACCACCAAGUAUUCAAGCCCGGGCGACGGUGCGCGCGACUUACAAACGCAAACGAUGCGGAUACACGAGCACUCCAACGUCCACAAAGAGGCAGUGGAGCGGCAGUUGGAGAUUGAAGAGUCGCUGGACGGCAAGCAGAAGAAAAUCGGGGAUUUCACAACGAGGGACGUGGAGGGGCGGAGGGUGGUACGCCUUCUGCCUGCCACUGAGUUCAUCUGUAAGGUCGAUGCUCCGAUCUCUAUGUUCGCUCACCUGCUGCGUUUCAUGUCUGAGCAGGACACGCCGUACAUUCUCAGGCACGCAUACGGCGUGUAUCUUACUCGGUGGCUGUCUCGUGGUGUGGCUGUUCGUCGUUUUUGCAAGGUCCUCGGCGCAUCGAUCGUGCUCUUGUAUGAGAGCAAGCACAAGUUGUACGACGUGGUCACCUCGUACAAGUUUCAAUUCUGCCUUUUCUUUCUUGCCGAUGUGCUUGGCAUCAUGAACGAGCUCAACGUGAAGUUUCAGAAGCGUGAGGUCGACGUGACCGAGAUAGCCAAGGACAUUGACGAGGCCACGGGGGACCUGCGCAGGCACUAUCUGGAGUGCGAGGACUUGAUGGGAGCCGGAGAAAGCCCGGCACUGUCAGAGUUCCUGAAAUUCCACGGGAGGAGUGCGUCGAAGAAGGUGAAGGUGCGCGGAGUUGACAGUGAAGGUGAAGAAGUGACGCACAAGUACAAGCUAUAUGAGAGGAAGAUUAAAGGGCACGAGUACGGCAGCACGUACACGGAGUGCGAGAAGCUGUGCACAAAAUUUGCACAAGAGUGUGUGAACCGGCUGAACUUCCGCCUUGCAGAUCUACGAAGGUUGGCACCAACGAAGCUGUUUCGCGCAGCAAAGUGGCCCAAGCCGCGGCAGCAGCGCGACCGCAAGACCCGAGAGUACCUGCACGGAUGCGCUGCGAUCUUCGACAACAAGCUCCCUGGCUUCGACCUGCAAGCAGCCGAGAAGGAGCUUGCCACGUGGGCUCCUAUCAUGGUGGCGCACCACGAGGAUGAGGGGUUUUUUCAAGGGCUGAAGAACUUCAUGGGUGUGGCUGAGUCCUCCAGGCGCCCGGCGAAGACUCCAGUCUUCGCUGCAGCAGAGAGGAAGCGCAAGAUGAAGGAGCUGGCCGACGACCAUGAACGGGAGAGGGUAGUGCGCGGGCUGGAGUGGGAUCGUGAUGAGUCAGAUGAGGACGAGGAGGUGGAGGCCUAUGAUAAGAAGCAGGUGUUGCUGGACGACGACCCUUUCCGCGAGGUGGAUGAGGAGGAGGCCUAUAAUGAGGACCAGGCGCUGGAUGACGACCCUUUCUGCGAGGAGGAUGAGGAGGAGGAUGUGGAGGAGAUAGCCAUGGAUCAGCCUGAGAGUUAG